UCCAUCCGCAUAUCAAGUUUACCUCUGUUGGUUUACAAAACAGCUUACACUUUAUUAGAACCUUAUACCGUUACGCCAUGGAUGUCUCCAACAACCGUCUUUUCCGGUUCUCUAAGCCGGAAUGGUUAAACAACAAUACCGUCCGCAACGCAGGCGUCUACACAUCGGGAGCGUUGUUUUCUCUCGGCUUUUUCUUCUUAGUUGAUGCAGCUGCGUUCUCUCAUAGCUCACGAAAUGGGUCAAAUGUGCAUGUCAAAUUUGUCGACUGGAUCCCCGGCAUUUGCUCUGCGCUCGGAAUGCUUGUUAUUAACUCAAUCGAGAAGUCGCGGCUGCACGCAGAUAGCUGGAGCUACAGUGGAAGCGGUGUUGCGUGGAAAGCGCGGUUUGUACUUUUCCUUGGGUUUGCACUCUUGGCUGGCGGUUUGGCAGGCAGUGUGACGGUCAUGGUCCUUAAAUACCUCAUUAAACAAUACCCACUGCAAACGUUAUACUUUGGAAUCGCCAAUGUCGUUGCGAAUGGACUCGUCAUGCUGAGCACAAUUGUUCUCUGGAUUUCACAGAACAUAGAAGACGAUUACACCUACAACCUUGCGUUGUAAUAACUGAUGGAGUGUGGCACGCAUUUUGGGAUUUUAUCAUGAUUAGCUGCUUUUAUCUUUCCCCAUUUAUUCUUUCGAGUGGCUGGCGUAGUCGCGAUUCAUAUGCGUCUAACCUUAUGUUAUGAUUAUGUUCGUGGGAUGCCUAUAUGGCCAAUUACACAUUUUCCAUUCCCUUAGGUCUACUACUCAAGUUGACCGCAUACAUAUGAGGCCCGGGCCCUCGCCAAGAGACAAUGAAGCAGAAACGGAUGUCGUAGUACAUUCAGGCAACAACAUAUUCUGACUCUGUAGAUGCAUAUGCCGUUUGGCCAACGGCUUACGCAUAACAAGUUAAAUGUUACAUAAAGCGGUCGCAAU